AUGAAGAAUGCUGCAGUUGUCACAGCAAUUAAACCGAUCUUGGUGCCACACAUGGCUACAAUGUCAGCUUUAACUCGUCGAUCCCAUCAAACUUCAUUCCCUUUGCCUAGGCAUGUGAUAUUCUAUGCAUUAAAUGGCACAGCAUUGACUAUUGCCAACGGAUAUCACAGAUGCAUGCCAGAGCCUGCUAUUUUAUUGCCUCAAGGCUGUGCUUCAGCCUCCAUCGUGGCAAUAUCUGUGCUUCCAGGUCAGGAUAUCAUAUCAUUUCGACAGUGUUCCAGUCAGCAGCUGGCCAAACGGUUGACCUCCACCGCGGACACAGCCUCGUGCGGAGAGCAAUAA